UGCACUCAUUUUUAUGGGUUCGUAAAACUAUGGGCGUCUCGUCUCCUUUCCCCUCCUCGCGCGCUGCGGAGGCGCCGUCUGGAGCUAGGAGGCAUGCCUCGAUCCCGGUGACAAGCGGCUUGCUUGGCUAACCUAGUUGUUGACUCGUUUCCGUCGGGUGCGACGUCCACGGGUGAACCCCUGGCCUUCGGCAUCGGGGACUCCAUUGGGCUCGCCAGGUUCAACGACAGCUACCUUGACCGAAGGUUCCGGCCGCGGAUCUGAUGACGGACAGAUGACUUAUGCUGCAGCUCUCCAACCAAGCCGGUGACGGACAGGCGGGUUGAGGCUUUGGUCAAAACUCGGGCGGUUUGUCUGGGUUUUAGGGUUUCGAUUUUGGAGCAUCCAAUCGGGAGGCGCCGGUGAGUGAGUGGCAAUGGGUUGCCGUCCGUUCUUUAAUGUGACAAGGGAUAUAUCUCGCGGUGUUCAUGGGAAGUGGCGCCUCUUCAAGGGUUGCAUACAUGGAGAUAAUAGCAUCACUGUACAGUGAACGACUUUGAGACUGCUAUAUGUUUGCUGGGGAGGGGAUGAAUCACGCCAUGAUAAAUGGGAUACAUAUAUCUCAACGAUGAUGGGGAUGUCACUUCUCUUCGAUGAAAUGGUUGAUCAGGCUAAUCUUUGUUUGGAAAUAGCGGCCGAGAGAAUCAAGAAAAGCACUCUUGUGGUUGGAUAUAUCUAUGAUAAUCUGGGAGCAAACUACAUGGAGACGAAUUGGCUGCAAUCAAGUGUACAGAUGCUUUUAGUUGAAAGGAUAUCACGGAUGUGUAAUUGGCCAUAUCGUGUUCUGCUGAGAUGUAUCAGAGCCUUGCUAUAGAGGUUGCAGAUCUGCUGAGCUAUUAAGGACUCACUUUGCAAAGUUGUGUCGACGCCAGUAUUCCUAUCUUGUGAUGAUUUUACAGCAAUCAAUCAUCAGAGAAAUCCAUCUGCUGCAGCCUACAGGGACGAACAUCUAGUGGCUCCUGGGAGUAUCAGCACCCAUCACGACAGAGAGACAGAUGACAACGCGCCAUCUCAACCUUCACAUAUAUGAGUUGAUCCAGUAAUCUGAGUCUUGUGGAUCUCAUGGUAUUUUCAUCGUAGAAAUAUAUCUCUCUACAUACACGUGAAAGAAUUGGUAUAUUCAGAGCAUAAUGAACAGAAUUCUUUCAUGCCACUCAUAGAUGAAUCAGAUAAUGCCCUUUUUCUUUGUAGUAGACGUAAUCCAUCCUUUGUCCAUUGUUCAGUUCAUGGAUAUGGUUUUGCAUACCGGUGACUGUGGUUCUUGUUUGAUGGGACCAGGUAAUCUAAUUCACCAGAUGUCUUAAUAUUCUCUUACCAGGGACCAGAGAAGAUGCUGCUCACCAGGUACGUUCUCUCACCCCAUGGGCUGCUCGAAUCCUUGUCCAUGAUCGAGCAUAUGAGCUUUUAGCCAUAUCCAAUUUAUACACUUGAUUUGGCAAGAUAAGAAUGCCUUCUUUUCUUCUUCUUUUGUUGCAAGCUUCAUCAGGGGAAAUGGAGCAUGAAUCCGUCAACGUGUGAGCUCAUUGGUGGGGCGGCUGCGAGCUUUCCGUCUCCCCUCUGAUCGACAAAGGCCAACCAAUCCACUUCGAUCCCACCCACCUGGUCGCGUUCACAACGGUACAGAGCUCAACUCCUGGAACAAGAGAGCCAACAAACCUGGAGCAUCAAUUCUCUUUCCAGCCACUGGUUUCUUAGCGAGACACGAAAAGAACAGAUUGGCGCCUGGACGCCACAAGUUCCAUCAACCACUGUGCAUGUACAACGCAUAGCCAAUACCCACCACGAUGUUGAAGAAGAGCACGAGGGUCAAAUCCGAGGAUUAAAUUACACACGCCUCCCUUUUGUGGCACUUUUAAAUGAGAAGGAAUACGACCCUUCCGAAGCCAUCGCUCCGACUGAUCUACAUGCAUCGAACCCAGAAUCGAAUCCAUCCCCCCUCCUACAACCGUCGAUUUGCAUGUCGUAGAAUUUGGACCGUCUGAUUUCGAUUCGAUGCUGCCGCAGUUGGAGAGGAUCCGACAUUCUUCCUCUGGACCCACCGCUUCCCUCCAAGUCUAAGGCCCCCUGGCAACCCAAAGCCGCCUUCCACUGUGAGCUGCCCACCCGCAUGGGAGGAGGCGGAGAGCGGAAGGAGGGCGACGAGGCCAAGUACCGCGGCGUCCGACGCCGGCCGUGGGGGAAGUAUGCGGCGGAGAUCCGUGACCCCAGUCGGCACGGCGCCCGCGUCUGGCUCGGCACCUUCGGCACCGCCGAGGAGGCCGCCCGUGCCUACGACAAGGCCGCCUUCCAGAUGAGGGGCGCCCUCGCCGUGCUCAACUUCCCCGACGAGGUCGUCCAUUAUCGCGGCGGCGCAACCUCCUCCUCCUCCUCCUCGUCGGCCACGGGCCGACCUCGCAGGAGCGCCACCACCGGGAAGCAGGUGAUCGAACUGGAGUGCUUGGACGACAAGGUGUUGGACGAGCUUCUGCAGUCGAGUGAAGGCUUCAAGUAAACGCUGUGCAACUAUCGAGUCCAUUAAAGAGUCUAAUCUUAAGCUUCUUCGUAGUAGAAAGCUUCUUGUGUUACAUAAAUGCUCAAGAUUUGAUGACAAUAAGAAAGAGUGAGAUGCGGUAGCUUUUUGGAUCCAAUAACUCGGCCGAGAUGUUCUCUCUCGAGGCCAACUGGUCGAAGUUACUGUAUUUGACCUUCAUGAGAAGGAAGAUAGCAUUGACUUCUUAUGUCUGCA